AUGUAUUGGCCGUCCAUGGACAGCGAGAUCAUCACCGCGGCCCGUGCUUGUCCCACUUGCACUGAACAUCUUCCCUCACACCCGCCGGAACCUUUGCUGCCCCACCAGAAAGCAUCGCGGCCGUUCGAGUUUAUCCAUGCCGACCUCAGAUGCCACAACGGUCGCGAUUUUUUAAUUAUCGCAGACCAAUUCAGCGGAUGGCCCCACGUCGUCCCAUUCCCGGACAAAAACACCUCUGCACGCAAGGUGGUCGACGCUCUCCGCUCCUUCUUUGCCUUUGGCGCGGGUGCACCAAUCAAAUUUUGGUCGGACGGCGGGCCCCAGUUCACUGCAGACGAAUUUCAGUCCUUUCUUCGUGAAUGGGGCAUCAGCCACGGCACUUCCUCGGCAGGGUACCCACAAUCUAACGGCUUUGUGGAGGUGUCCGUAAAGAGCAUGAAAAAGCUCAUCCGCGGAUCGUGGUCGGCGGGCUCUUUCGACAUGGACCAAUUCAGCAAAGGCCUCCUACUCUACCGCAACGCACCACUUUCUGGUGGAGCUUCACCCGCCCAGCUAGUUUUUAAUCGGCCCGUCAGAGAUUGCCUUCCGGCCCACCGCCGCGCAUUCGCACCCCAAUGA